CAGAGGGCAGACAAACUUAGUAUUUUUUGUCCGGCAAUUGAAUUGGCAAUCAGUUUGAUACUUCAUUUUGGUUUCAUUAGUUUUCAUCUGUAUUGUUAAUAUAUUUUUUAUGAGUUAGUUAAAUUUUGUUUAAAAUGAUCCUGUUAGAAAUAAACAACAGAACUAUUGAAGAUAUUUUAAGUUACAAAAUUAGUGAAGUCGAGUCCAAUACCAAAUUAGAACUGGUUGAUGUUACCUUUGCUGAUUUUGAUGGGGUUAUUUUUCAUAUUUCAAAUUUGAAAGAUGACAAAUAUAAAAUACGGGUUAGCAUUGCUUUAAAAUUUUAUAAAGACCUGCAAGAACAUGGAGCUGACGAUUUACUUCAAAGAGAGUAUGGUUCGCUACUGCAACUGCCUCCGGAGGAAGGAUACAACGUUACUUUGUUAUUUGAUUUGAAAAAUCUUCCCGAAAAUCACCAGGAAUUAGUUAAAAAAGCUGGACUUUUGAAGAGAAAUUGUUUCGCUUCAGUUUUUGAAAAGUACUUCGAAUUUCAAGAAAAGGGUCUUGAAGGAAAUAAACGAGCUGUUAUCCAUUAUAGAGAGGAUGAAACAAUGUAUGUUGAAGCCAAACCUGAUAGGGUCACUGUUAUUUUCAGCACCGUUUUCAAAGACGAGUCCGAUGUUAUAAUUGGGAAGGUUUUUAUGCAAGAAUUCAAAGAAGGGCGUAAAGCAAGUCACACUGCACCCCAUGUUUUGUUCUGUCACAAAGAACCACCUAUGGAACUUCAAGACACUGAUGCCCUUGCCGGUGAUAAAAUUGGUUACAUUACCUUUGUUUUAUUUCCUCGACAUACAAGCAAAAAAUCCCGAGAUAAUACAAUUAAUCUGAUACACAUUUUUCGUGAUUACUUGCACUAUCACAUCAAAUGCUCAAAAGUUUAUAUACAUUCUAGAAUGAGAGCUAAAACUUCCGAAUUCCUGAAAAUUCUUAAUAGAGCUCGUCCUGAACGUCAAACAGAGAAGAAAACUAUCACUGGCAAAACGUUUGUACCUACACCUUAUUAUCCUGAAAUUUCCGGAACAUCUAAUAAAUGAGAAUUAAGGACUCAUAUUUUUAGUUAAUUGUGUUGUGAGAGUGAUAGCAAGCCAUCAUUAUAAUUCACGGACAAACUGAUAAAGUGUCAAAUAAUGUGGAUUUAAUUGCUUUAAUCAUUGAUAUAAAAACAAGUUAUAUAAAAAUAUAUAUUUAUGCUGAAGCACAUACAAUUCAUUUAACUAGAGUCUAAAUCAUGGCAUCUAGGCAAACAUUCAAAUGGAAAUUAAAUUUGGUUGAUUACUCAUCAAUAAUUCUAACUACUUGGACUUAGAAUACAUACAUGCAUUGAACAACUUACGCAUGGUUAACUCGGUCAUCAUUCCCAAAGAUUGAAAAUCACCAAUAAUUAGUAUCUAUAAGCAAAAUGAGAAACCUGCGCUCAGACAACCGUGACCACAACCAACUGAAUCACGAUAAACUUCAAAACAAAAACUUAAAUGAAACCACAAUUAUAAAGACACAAAACCCAAAAACAAGAGAACCAUUUUCAAUCAAAACCACACAUUCAAGAAAAAAAGAAAUCAAUCCAAUCAUUUCCGAUCUAAAAUAUUAGAAACAAAUUUGUUUGUGAACAACAUCGAUACCUAUUUUCUCUAGUUGAUUUUUAUUCAUGUUUACUAAUCAUGUUUACCAAAACUCCACCCUUACCUUCUAACUCGGAAUGCAAUAAAUUUUAAAUUGUCUUCAUGCAACAUAAA